AUGCCGAAGAAUCUUAACUUAUGGGGAAAAUACCUGCGCCUGGUGGGGCGCGGUGCACGCCGAGGGUUCAAAAAGUGGCAAGUCAUUCCUCCGAUCCCUGUGAAGGCGUAUGGCAGGGAACCGUCGGCUGCGUCUCAGACCGGGUUAUAUCAUGACGAAGAUUUCAACUACCACACGAAGAGGACUUUCUCAAUGCGACGUACGAGACGGAAACUCAAGCCGAAUGUGUUUCGCCGUACUUUUACUUCUAGCUUGUUGAACGUGAGCAUUCCAAAUGUACGCGUAACGACCUCCGCGCUACACGCGAUGGACGACAUGGGGGGUUUCGAUGCCUACAUCUUGCGGACCCCGCCGCAAGAGCUGCGUUCACACAUGGGAGAACGGAUGCGGCAAGUCAUGUAUUAUUACCAGGAUCAGCCCGCCAUCCGUGACUGGGGACUUCCGUGGAAAGUGUUUCUCAAGGUGGCAUCUCGCCGGGAUCCCUUCUACGCGUGCUACCGACACAACCUGCGAAAACAUCAGUAUGAAACAGAUCUGGGUAGGCGCGUUCGCAACUUCUCUCCGUACUUCCUUCCCUCUGCUCACCAACCGCAUCCUGAGCGACAGGCUUUCCAUGAGGGUGCGUCAGAGAGCCCGCCGCUUAAUUUUUGGUGGCGGGAGAGCAGAGAACUCGAAGAAGCCUUUCGACGCAGACUCGGUGAAGCAAAGUGUUUUGAACGAGCUUUUGCCGACUCCAGUGAAUCUUCCGGGUACACGAAAGGCCGGUGCCGUGGAGGGGGCGGCAAAAGCGGCCGCUCUGUACGGCGGAGAAGCAAAACGCACAAGUACCGUGAAAACCGUGCUUUCUGA